AUGAUUAGCAAGGGUAUGGUUCAUGAGAGCGGUAUCAAGCCGUACUUUGAGCAUAAGAUACAGGAGACGGAGCUGAAGAUCCGGGGGAAGACAGAAAACCUGCGGAGACUGGAAGCCCAGAGGAAUGCGCUUAACGACGAGGUGCGUUUCAUCAAGGAUGAAUUGCGUCUGCUGCAGGAGCCGGGCUCGUACGUUGGUGAGGUCAUAAAAGUUGUCUCUGACAAGAAGGUGCUGGUGAAGGUGCAGCCUGAGGGUAAAUAUAUAGUCGAUGUGGCGAAGGAUAUUAAUGUCAAGGACCUGAAGGCCUCUCAGCGUGUGUGUUUGCGUAGUGAUUCCUAUAUGCUGCACAAGGUGCUGGUCAACAAGGCGGACCCACUAGUCUCGCUGAUGAUGGUAGAGAAAGUGCCAGACUCAACAUAUGAUAUGGUCGGUGGUCUUACGAAGCAAAUCAAGGAGAUCAAGGAAGUCAUUGAGCUUCCAGUUAAGCAUCCUGAGCUGUUUGAGAGUUUGGGUAUUGCACAGCCUAAGGGUGUCAUCCUAUAUGGUCCGCCAGGUACUGGUAAGACUUUGUUGGCAAGAGCAGUCGCCCACCACACAGACUGUAAGUUUAUCAGAGUAAGUGGUGCAGAAUUAGUGCAGAAGUAUAUCGGUGAGGGUUCCCGUAUGGUCCGUGAACUGUUUGUGAUGGCCAGAGAACAUGCACCAUCCAUCAUCUUCAUGGAUGAAAUCGACUCCAUAGGUUCCAGUCGUGUUGAAGGUGGUGGUUCCGGUGGUGGUGACUCAGAAGUGCAAAGAACGAUGUUAGAGCUACUGAAUCAACUAGAUGGUUUUGAGACUUCCAAGAAUAUUAAAAUCAUCAUGGCUACAAACAGACUGGAUAUCCUUGAUCCAGCUUUGCUGAGACCCGGUAGAAUAGAUAGAAAAAUUGAGUUUCCACCACCAACCGUAGCCGCAAGAGCAGAGAUUCUACGUAUUCACUCCAGAAAAAUGAAUCUGACCCGUGGUAUUAACCUCAGGAAGAUUGCAGAAAAGAUGAAUGGCUGCUCUGGUGCAGAUGUGAAAGGUGUAUGUACAGAAGCAGGUAUGUAUGCUUUGAGAGAGAGAAGGAUCCAUGUUACUCAGGAAGAUUUUGAGCUUGCCGUCGGUAAAGUCAUGAACAAGAACCAAGAGACUGCCAUUUCUGAGGCCAAGCUGUUCAAGUGA